CAAAGAUAUAAUCAAAGUUUGUGUCUACAGCGUAAUCUAUUACGCAGCAAACAAUAGUUACAAUUUUUAUAUAUCUUUUUCAAGCAGAACUGCUCAAUAUGGGCAACAUUCAUAGUCAAAGUCUCAUACCAUUUCCCUACACCCAAUCCCAAGAAUAUUUAAGUAUGGAACAAGAAGCUGAAAUACGCGCUAGUAUUACAGGAUUACAUGUGGCAGCAAGUGUUGGCGAUCUGUCUUUAGCAAGGAGCUCGUUAGCAGAAGGUUUAUCUGUCAACUGCGAGAUCAAAUACUAUCGGUAUACACCACUGUAUUUUGCAAUUAAAAACAAUCGCUUAGAGAUGGUCAAUUUUCUUAUUGCUCGUGGAGCUGACCUAAAACAUAAAGUUCAAAAAGGCUUCAUGCCUCUAAGUUAUGCUUGUCAAGAGGGCCACCUGGAUAUUGUCAAUACUUUAAUUGCACAUGGAGCCGAUCUCAACACGAAAUCAGAUGAUCUUUACACACCUUUACAUCUCGCAGCAGGGGGUGGUCAUCUAGACACAAUAAAUGUGCUAGUAAAAAAUGGAUCAGACGUUAACGCUGCGAGUAGAGCUCGAACAAGACCUUUACAUCAUGCAGUACAAAGUGGUAAUCUUGAGGUAAUCAAGACUCUUAUUUCUCAUGGAUCUGAUAUUAAUGCGGGUUGCACCAUCUUAUCUUUGAUUAUAACUAGAUAUUCAGAUCAUACAGUUGACUUCAACGUUACAGCUUUACAUUUAGGAGCAAAACUUGGUAGAUCCGAUAUUGUUAAGGUACUGCUGAAAGCAGGAGCAAAUUGUGAUGCAAUAACACAACAUAAAAUUACAUCUUUGCAUUUUGCCUGUCGAGGUGGCUUUGUCGAGGUAGUAAAGGCUUUACUCGAAGCGAAAUGUAACGUUAAUGCCAAGGAUUUUGAAAAUGUUACACCUUUGCACAUGGCAACUGAACGGAAUUAUCUUGAAGUCACUAAGUGUCUACUGCUUGCAAAUGGAAUAGACGUUAAUCCUAAAGACCACAAUAAUGUUGCACCUUUACACACUGUGUGUCUGGUGGGUCAUUUACAGGUAGUUGAGCUACUGGUAAAAAAUAAUGCAGACAUUCAUGUCAGAAUAACUGAAGGCGGAACACCUCUUCACAUCGCAGUAGCAGAGGGUCAUUUAGGAAUAGUAAGCUGUUUGUUGGAAAGUGGAGCAAAUGCUAAUACUUUAGAUGAGGAAAAUUGGACACCUUUGCAUUUGGCAGCUGAAACAGGUAAUGAUUCAGUUGUUACGAUGUUAUUAAAAUAUGGUGCCAACCCCAGUUUAGUUGAAAAUAUUAGAAAAUACACACCCCUCCAUCUUGCAGCUAUCUAUAACCAUCCUCAGGUAGUUAAAACUCUAAUUAGGAAUGGAGCAGUGGUUAACGCAACAAUGCGUGGCAAUUAUACACCUUUACACUUAGGUGCACAACAUGGUAAUUUGGAAAUGGUUAAAUUUCUUCUUAUGAGUGGAGCAUAUUUUGAUGCAGAGGCUCAAACAGCUCCACAUGUUUUGCCAUCACAGCUUGCUAAGAAAAGUCGUAAUUCAAGAUUAAUUAAAUUAUUUAGAUUGACUGAAAAGUUAUUCACUGCUACAAUGGAGAACAAUCACUUAGAAGUUGAAAAUAGUCUUAAACAAGGAGCAUUAGUUAAUAUUAGAAGUGUUCAUUUCCAAACCCCAUUAAUCUACGCAUCAUGGAAAGGCUACACCACCAUUGUUAACCUAUUGCUAACGAAUGGUGCCAACGUAAACUUCAGCAACAAGGACAAGGUCUGUCCUCUCCACUUUGCUGCGAAGUUUAAUAAUCUGGAAAUUGUGUUCUCUCUACUAAAACACGGUGCAAUGUUUGACGCCGUCAGUGGUGAAGACGGUAGCACACCACAAGACUGUGCUCAAACCGCCAACAAUAUCGAAAUUGUCAAUCUCUUACAGCGGAUUGGUCAAUUAUUUGACAAAGCGAAAGAUGGUAACUGCGCAAUCAUUAAAGAAUUAGAAAUGGUUAGAGAAGAAAACCUGGAUGCAUUUUUAGCUGUGACUAAUGCUCACAACAGCCAAGGACAGACACUGACACAGGUUGCAUUUGGUAACGACCAUGAAGAUCUUGCGAAGAUGAUACAGGAGAAUGAUGGUCGAGAAUUGGAAACGGAGCUCGAUAAUGCCACAGCUCAUAUGGGUUCCUAUCGUCUCUCACGUUCUUCAUCGAGCCCAAUCUAAUUUAAGAGUAUUUUAUUUGUUUUAAAUUUUUGUAUUUUUUAAGAGUAUUUUAUUUGUUUUAAAUUUUUGUAUUUUUCCAUUGUUCUUUAUUACAUCCAUUUUUGCAUGAAA